CCUGGCUCUCUCCCAUUUUGGUUCAGUCGCAGGCCAGCGUUUGUGGCAUCCACACGGGCCCCCAAACCAGAGAGGGCUUCAGGCCAACCCCCGAGGUCCACGAUUCCGCUUAAUCGUCGUCUGGACAAUUGGGUGCAAAGGCACGUAGGAAACAUUACUGUCGAGGGAACUCACGGGUGAAAUCUAACAGCCCUGUCAGUCCGUAGUCGGCAGCAUGGAGAAGUCGUUCGCCAUAACGCCCUGGAAGUACGGCCUGCUGGCCACUUGCAUUCUUAUUGUGACAUGUAACGUGUUCUUCUUCUCCUGCGGCGUGGUCACCUGGGGCUCGGCGGUCUCACCCUACGGCAGCUAUGGAACAGCCCUUUGCGGGGUGGCAGUCUUCGGAGUCGCCUUCCUGGGCAUGUACGUAGCCCUGAAGGAGUCCUACAAGUAUUCCCUUUACUACUUGAUUUUCAGUGGUCUGGUGAUAGCAGCGCUGGGCUCAUACCUUUUCGCCUUCACGGCGAUGCGCGAGGAGCUGAUGGGCCGGUUUGCGGAGCGCAUGCGCGACCUUUUUGAUCGGAAGACGCACAGCGACGACAGGAUGCAGCCGGUGCACACCCUGUUCGGCUGCUGCGGAUUGGAGGGACCGCAGGACUACCUCCAGGAGGAGCACGGAGCCCUGCCCAGUAGCUGCUGCUACGCCUUCGACUGCUCCAAGCCGGCGCACGUCUAUGAGGAGGGCUGCACCACCAAGGCAACCAGCAAUCUGAGGAUGCAGGCCGAGCUCAACUACUUCAGCUGCAUGGCCAUCAUUGGCCUUGAGUUUUUGGGCUUGUUCACUGCUUACUACUUGGGCAAGGCUCGGAAGUACGCCAAAACCAAGAUAAAGGACGAGGAAACCCCCAUCAACGACUGAUGGCCGAGGACAUCCCAGCAUAAUUAUUGAUAAUAAAAGUUAACCGAAUUAGCCGAAUUGCCAUUAGAGAAUAAAUACUUUCCAUAGUCUAAACGA